UUCUCCCCUUUCUCAAUCUUAAUUCAAAAUGCAGAGAGAGGAUGUUUCAUACGAUUCUCUUCUCACCUCCUCCGCCGCCGAUAAAUCAGCGGCGGCGUCGCUGCUAUUCUCUUUCACCAAUCCGUUCCUUCCCCCGACGUCGCCGACCUACGUGAACUCCGACGCCUCCUUCUACUCCUCGCUUUUCCAGAAUCACUCGUCCAGCACCACCUCCGACACCGCCUCCUUCGACGGCGGCGACGACGCCGAUCGCCGCCUCCAGGACGCCAGCUGCGUCGUCGAGUAUCAGCAGCUCUACAAUCGCUACACGCUCUGUCUCGCUCAGCUCCACGACUCGAUCGAGGAGGCCGACGCGCUCCGCCGCGACAACGAGUCUCUCCGCCUCUCCAAUGCGGAUCUGACGCACCGCAUUGCCUUGCUAUUCUCGCGCGAUCGCCUCUUAUCUGAUUUCAACCGCCUGAACGUCGCUUCUCCCUCGGCCGCCGCGCCGCGCGCCGCUCAUCUGAGCCUGACUCAGCCUCUCGCCGAACACAAUCGUGUCGAGCGGAGGAGUAUUGAGAGAGUCACGCUUCCGAAGAGCAUUUCUGUGCGCACUAGCGGUUUCCUGAAGAUGACUCGGCCUGGUCGAGACACAACUGGCGAAAAAGCAGUGAGUCAACCCACUCCUGAAUUGCGUGAGCAGCAAAGAGUGUAUGUGGGUGGGUCCACAGCAGAAAAUGUGGAGGAGCUGGAUGUGUACAAUCAAGGAAUGACGAAAACGGAGCUUUGCAACAAGUGGCAGGAGACGGGUGCCUGCCCCUACGGAGAGAAUUGCCAAUUCGCGCACGGGAUCAACGAGCUGCGACCGGUGAUAAGGCACCCACGCUACAAGACCGAGGUCUGUCGCAUGGUGCUUGCUGGAGACGUAUGCCCCUACGGCCAUCGCUGCCACUUCCGCCACUCUCUCACCGAGGAGGAGCGCCUCAUGGUGGCACCUCCGCGUUGAUCAAGGAUACGUGCAUUGAGAUUUUCAUGGUUGAAUGGUUCGAUCACAUCUGUUGGAAUAAGGAAAUCAAUUAAUUAGAGAACAAGAAAGCAAGAGAUGAAGUUAUGGCAAUAAUAAAGAAGGAAAGCAAUUAAAGAUUAUGUAAAAUCAAAUACAAAUGAUAUUAGUAUAAUUAGAAUAUAUUUUCCAUGUAUAGCUAGAAUUAGAGUCUAUAAAAGGUUGGUAACCAUUGAGAUAAUCGAUUCAAGUCAUUCA